CGUUAUGAGGGAAGCGGAAUGGUUGCCGCCUCGGCUGCGAUUUCUUUCGCUGGCAGGAAAUUAUUUGGAGGGAUUUCCUAUGUCCCUGUAUACAUUGGAGCCUGCGACACUUCGCUAUCUUGAUAUAGGGUACAACCGAAUCACGUUCGUGAAUUCAGAAUGGUUCGGGCCGUGGUCAAACGCGCUCAGCACGCUUAAUAUGCGUGGGAACCGCAUCUCCCAGCUGGCCGCCGGUGCGUUUCCUGCGGCGCUGCCACUCACGGAGCUCGUUCUUAGUUUCAACGAUCUCUACUACGUGGAUGCGAGUGCAUUCGCUAAUUUGACCUCCCUGCGCGUGCUUGAACUCUCGUCGACGCUGUUCAAUGGGGAAGUGCCGGCUGGUACUGCCUUCCGGGACCUCAAGUGGCUUACUUUAGAUAAUAAUAAUAUCCAUUUCUUUUCUUCGAACGAUAUGAACUAUUACACGUCUUUAGAGUACUUAAAUUUAGACUUUAAUAAGCUCCUGGAGUUUCCGAGCCAAAUGACCGAGACUAAGAAUUCAUUCAAACUGAAGGAACUGCGACUGUCGUACAACUACAUUGCUCGGAUAAAUCCUGUAUUCCUAAAGAGUCUCUCAGAUUUACAGAGCCUGGACCUUUCUUACAACCGCAUACACAACGUGAGCGAAGGAACGUUUUCUAAAUUAAAUAAUCUCAUUUAUUUGAGUGUCGUUGGUAACGCCAUAGAAAUAUUAGCAGACAUCGCCUUUAGCGAUCUGCCUAAACUUGAAAUUUUAGAUCUGCAGGAAAAUAAUUUAGUCGAAUUUUCAACACGGUAUUUUCACAAUGUUUCCAACGAAGAGAGUAAUUUCUCGAUAAACGUCAGCCAUAACAAGAUCGCCUUGCUCGGCGGGGGACCGAAUGUUUUCAUAAGUAUUUUGGAUUUGUCCCAUAAUUUAAUCGAAACAGUAUCUAGAUCAUUUAUUGACUCAUUUUCUUUGCACGUUCGUCAAAUUUUACUUUCCCAUAACAGGCUCUUUCACAUAGAUGGUACAAACUUCGGCCUCCUCCCACGUCUUCAUACUCUUGACUUGCAUAAUAAUAAUAUUAGUAUUAUUAGACGGAAAUCUUUUGCGGAACUUGUUUCACUACAAAUUUUAGACUUGUCAGAUAAUAGAUUAAAUCAGCUCUCCGUUGAACAAUUUUACAAUUUACAAAAGUUACGUCAUCUUAGACUGGACUCGAACGAGCUUCGUGCGCUGCCACGCGAUUGCUUCAAGAACACGCUUCUUGAGAGCCUUGAGCUCGGCGGCAACCGGCUCGUGCUGUUCCCGAGCACUGCGUUGUCGCAGGUCGGCUUCACACACGGAGUACGCGAGGGCGAGUGUGAGGGCGUGACGCUGCUCGGGAAGGGUAACGAGCCCGUAAGGAGGCCCGCCACAAAAAGUCUUCUCAUUACGAGUGGAGCUUCCUUAUGCGCCCUGAGGGACCAAUGCUCGCAACCAGCUUUAGCCUGA